CAUCGUUUCUCUCUCGUGGCUCCUCGCGAGCACGGCCCUUACGUCGUUUUGACGUUUCCAACGAACAUUUUCACGUGUCUGUCGUUUCGCAGAAACGUGCCCUGUCGUAUUCUUUCGGUUAAAUUCGUCACUCUUACCACGCCUCGGAUCCCAUCGCACCUCGCGAUAACGUGUUACACGAGGCUACGGUGCAAAUAAUAUUCCGGCAUUUAUCCCAUCGCGACGACAGUGUCUUCUUCUCAGGAGAGAUUUAAUCGACUCUACAGUUUCUCACAACGCCCUGGGCAUUCAUCGAAAAUAAUAAAUACACGCCUCAAUUACGACGAUCGCGUCGCUCCCUACGCCGCUUUGUUUCGUCUGAACGUGUAUCGUAGUCUGCUGGAGCUUCGUGCUCGCUCGUCGCUCUGUGUGGCUAGGCGUGAAUAUAGUUACGAUUACGUGCGUAUAAACGAUACUAGUCACGAGAAGUUUGUGCAUGGUUAACGCCAGUGUAUUGUGUUCAACGUGAUUCUCCCAGAAGCCGUUGUUCCUUCGAGUGAGGGACAAUCGUCCCGGAGAAAAAUUGUAUGAGGUUAGGACGGCCUCGUUGACAACUGGGAAAAAUUUGUGUCGCAGACUAGGCUUUUUCGAAGAAUCAAAAUCCUGCAAUCAGUCAAGCGGCAAUUGUCACUGAUCAGUGAAGUGGUGAACGUAGGGUGUGAGAUUUUUCUAGUGAAAUUUGAAAGAGAUUUUAUUUGGCAAUUUUUCAUUGUGUUUUCGUAUCUUUCUAUACUUUUAUUCCGUUAUUUUCUAUCUUACGGAAAAUACAGGGUCAACGCAGUGAUAGUCAUAAAGAGUCUGUGCGUGCCUCGGGAGACUAUCAGUUGCAAACAUGACACUUGACGGUUAAAACUAGGAACUUUAGUGUAACGUGCUAUCCGUCAAGAGUAAAGAUCAUGGAGUCUCGUCAUUGAAUGGCUGCGUUUGUUAAAAAGUGAAUAUCCAAGCAGUGACAACGUGAGUGCAGUGUUUUAAAAAUAAUAUCGGUCAAUCCAAAAUCGUGCAAGAGGCAUAAAAUAAAGAUCAGUGAGAAUUCUGGGACAGGGUGACAGUGGGUGGUGGCGAUAGUGUCAAGAGGUCAUAGGUGGUCGGGAGAGAAUUAAAUCGGGAAGUAGUGAAGUGUGUGAUGUGGUGGUGUCCCCCGGGUGGCCACGGGGGCAGGAGGUCGUCGUCAGCACAGUCGUGAGGGGUCCAGGGUGGCAAUCGCGCUUGCCCCUUACCGAGGGGCAGUUCCUUGAGGAACCGGAAGAGGCCGAAGAGGAGGAAUGGUGUGACCUCCGGCGUCAUCCCGCCCGACGCGGAGGUGCUGCUGGAGGCGGUGAAGGUGCUCGAGGUCGUGCUGGAGGAGGUGGCGGAGGAGGCGGAGGAGCCGAGCAGCUGCUGCUCGACUCGGAGGAGGAGGAUCUGGCGAUGUCGAAGCAGCCUCGCGGGGAACGAGAGAUCCGCGACCAUCGUGACCUUCGGGACUCUCAUCCAUCCAGGCAUCGGGAUUACGAGCAGGAUUACGACCUGCACCCUGCCGCACCGACAACAUCAUCGGCCUUCACGAACAACCCGGAGAGAUCCAACGGAAGAGCUAACAUCACUGAGGAACCUUGCGACACGCUACAAUUAGUCAAUCUCUGCGUACCUCAAAGAACGACUGCACUUGGCUCGGCGGACUCGAAUUACUCGCAGCCGAGCUCGGAUCUCUCGCUGGACGAGGAGAAGGAAAGUUUGCGUCGCGAAAAGGAGAGACAGGCCCUUAAUCAACUUGAAAAAGCUAGGACGAAACCGGUAGCGUUUGCCGUCAGGACGAACGUCAGCUAUGACGGUUCCGUCGAUGACGACUCGCCAGUCCACGGCUCGGCCGUCAGUUUUGACGUCCGCGAUUUUCUCCAUAUUAAGGAGAAGUACGACAACAACUGGUGGAUUGGAAGGCUCGUGAAGGAGGGUUGCGAUGUAGGGUUCAUCCCCUCGCCGGUUAAACUAGAGGCACUCAGAGUACAGGCUAGUGCUGCUCGUGGUACCAGGGGAUUUUAUUCAUCACGCGGAGGAUCCUCUGGUAACCUUGGUGAGAGUGGUAUGCCAUCUCGUGGUUCGACACCUCCGACACCAGGUGACGACAGCAAUAGCGUUGGAAACGUACGUCCUGGAAAAGCCACCCUUACCACCCCUCCGGCUAAGGAGAAGAGGAAGAACUUCUUCAAAAAGCCGUCCUACGAAACGGCUACACCGUACGACGUAGUACCGUCUAUGAGGCCGGUUGUUCUGGUUGGACCAUCUCUGAAAGGUUACGAGGUCACGGACAUGAUGCAGAAGGCACUUUUCGAUUUUCUCAAGCAUCGUUUUGAAGGCAGGAUAAUCAUAACGAGGGUAAUGGCGGACAUCUCGCUGGCAAAAAGAUCCUUGCUGAACAAUCCAACCAAGCGCGCUCUCAUGGAACAAUCCGCAAGUAAAAGUAGUUGUCUCGCCGAGGUCCAAGCUGAAAUCGAGAGGAUCUUCGAGCUCGCCAGGACUCUUCAGCUGGUCGUCCUAGAUUGCGAUACGAUCAAUCAUCCCUCCCAGCUGGCAAAGACCAGUCUGGCGCCCACUAUAGUCUACCUGAAGAUCUCCUCGCCAAAGGUACUCCAGAGGCUGAUAAAGUCGCGUGGAAAAUCGCAGGCGCGACACCUCAACGUGCAAAUGGUGGCUGCUGAAAAGUUGGCCCAAUGCCCACCGGAAAUGUUCGACGUGAUACUCGAUGAAAAUCAGCUUGACGAAGCUUGCGAACACGUGGCUGAAUAUCUCGAAGCUUAUUGGCGGGCAACUCAUCCUCCUGUUGUCGCGCAGGUACCACGUGCCGUUGCUGCACCCGAUGCACCCAUUGACGCAUUGGCACCCAGAGUCACACCAGGAGGUCAUCAUGAGAGUUACUACGGCCACGAGCCAAGAGGAUCAGCUUCUUACAGCGGCAGCCAUAUUGGAGGUGGUACAAGACGAUCCAGACUGGAGAGGUUGGAUCGGGAUCGAGGCGAUCGAGGCGAGCACGAUUAUGGAACAGAAGAGGAAUCAUACGAAUACAGCAGCACUGCGUCCCGACGCCGUCAGCCACAAGACUCUCGAGCUCUGAACGCUAUUUAGGAGCCGGGGCCCCGGGGCCUGUCGCUACAGCGCUGUCCCCACCUGCGCACCACCGCCCUCUAGUUGCUAGGCCAGAGAACUAUGCCACGCUAGCGAUCUCUCUCGGCAAACGCGCCAACUUCUGAGGAGCAACCCGCUGUGCCUGAACGAAUUAUAGAGCGCGCGUCUUUGGGGUUGCGAUUGGUUAGGCGCGAAGUUACUGCAUUAAGAUUCGAGGCCCUUAUCCUAUCCAACCCUUAGGAGAACAGAAGCAAAACGCAGGAAAACCCCUUCCCAUCGCGGAAUCAGCACGAACUUGUACAGGCUGUGAACUGUACGGGACACGUGUACAAAGAGCCCUGGGGCCUUGAUAUUUAAUUGUUCUUUUUCAUUUUUUCUCUCCUUUUUUUUUAAAAAAAAAAAGGCUGAUUCCUAUCAGGCCCCAUUUUUUGUCACCGCCAACUGCACCCCCCCUCUCCAUCUUCCCCCCACCUCAUCAAUCACAAAUAAUUCACAUCCGAAUUUCCUUAUCGGUGGAGAACGCUACGCAAAUGCGAGAACUUGAUCUUGUCGAACGAUAUAUGCUGUGUGCGUGAUCUUAUUGAUCAUUGUUGAGAUCAAUGAGUCGAUGAGACAUUCUUCUUUUUCGGGGCGGGUUUUGUCACAAUAUAUGGCGGUCGAGCUGUCGCGAUUCUGGGUUUAGGGAGAUCAGAGAUAUAAUGGGUAAUCAUUGUAGGUGUAUCUAUUAUUCGCGCGAACAACAAUUGAAGUAAUAAUUAAAUCUCUCUAUUAUUUUAAUAACAAUACCACGAGUGAACGGAUAUCGUAACGUGUACAAGAGAUCGAAGGAUAUAUUUAAUGUAAACGAGGCGAUUAUUAAAGAUAACGAUUUUGGAUUACGCGUCGAAGGUUAUACAUGAGGCUGCUAUAUUUAUAAAUUUUAUUAGAGUAUAUAUAUAUAUAUUAUAUAUAUAUAUUAUACAGAUAUAUAUUCACACAUGGUGAACACAAUACCUACCACCUACUUGCGUAAUAACAGAUUAAAGUAAAUUUAUAUAGAGAUAUUACGAUCCGAUAGUGGGGUACUGUACAUAUUGUAAGAAACCUUGAAGUAACUUAUCUACGAGAAAAAAAAAGUCUAUUGUGACGGCUGCUACGUGUUUGUUUUGUGUUUACUUGAAUUUUCGAAAUUUGAAAAUUCUAUUCUUUCGUGUUAUCAAUGAUCGAUUCAGUGCACUGAUAUCUAUCAGUAUUAAAGUCUCUAGUAUUUUGGUAUUUGAGAGAUCUUUUUGGCCUAUAAGUUUUGAAAUUUCAAUUUUUUAAUUUGAACGAUUAGGAAUUCGUAGAUCAUUAUACUUUGUUGUAAUAGCCGUAUCGCGAGGGUCAAACUUGUAAUUAUUUGUUAUUAGUAAUCUUAUACAUAAAUCGACUAACUAUAAAGACUAACGUGUAAUAGAUAAACGGCAUUAUUUGCGGUAAAACGAUAUAACGCGUAGAUAACAAUUGUCAUUGAUUACGAGCGAUUCAAUUUGUAUCGAUUUGAAAUCGAUGAAAUUCAGUAGUGACUCACUUACCCAUAGUCACACGAUAAUCGAUAGAUGCUAUUGGUAAUUAAGUCGUUACGAAAGGAUGCGCCUUUUUCCUGACCGUGUUCGCGCGCGAUGCCUCUAGGCUUUUACAUACGUACAUACGUACACACGUUACAUAUAAUUGACGCGACAAGCCGAGUUCACACUGUGGGUUUUUGUCGUCCGUAAAGGUUUCCCAUGAUGAUACGAAAAAUUCCAUUUAUAGUUUAAGCGGCAAGUAGACAAUUUGAAGGAUCUGUGCCUCGGGCUACGAACGAAAAAAAAAAAAAAAUACUAUUUAUCCAUUAUUCUCCAUUGUUUCAAGUUCACAGUCUACGAUUCGCCGGCACGAGGCCCAUUUCCUAUUUAGAGACAUACGUAUAUAAGGAAACUGCGCAGAGAUAAAUCUUUUGAAAAUCUUACGAACAAAGCGAGAGCCAAGGUGGUAUAUAAACGAAUAGUGAUAGAAAAAAAGAAAGAAAGAAAAGUGGCGCUGGAGAAAAAUAUUCUGGUGGAUAAUUAGAAUAAAAUUUUUCUUAUCUACGACGCAGGGAAUAUGACGGUAAAUUAUUAAGAGCGUGUAUGUACUGUACGUUUGUAUAUAAUAAUCGACCUUGUAUUUAGGUUGGGACCGUACCCGGUCCCCGAGUGCCGCGGAUGUAUUAUUACGAGAACUACGCGAAUCAUUUACCAUUGUAUUAAUAAUCGAUACUUACUAAGUCCCAAAUGUGUGAUACAAGCUUUAAAUCGAGGUCCAAGUUGGAAAUUGGACGGCGACACGUGUUUAGCUUACUGAAAAUUAUGAUGGAUAAGUGGAAGUCAACAGAGUGAAAUCGAUUUAGAAAGAAACGAAAAAAUGAUGGAUACAGGAAACCGGAAGUGGUUAGCAAUCGCGAAGAAGGCGUACGCCGAGCUUCUCUUCUAGUAUACAAUAUGACGUCAUUUCCGUAUCCAGGAGUCGUCUUCGUCCUUGUUACUUACUGUUUAUUUUUAAAAAAAUUUUGUUCCUCAUUCGGGUAUUGUCAGACUUUUUAAUGAUUUUUUUUGUUGAUAUUUUGAAUACCGGAUCCUCCGAUAUACGGAAUGAUGAUUGAACGUUGACGCGCGAUUUAAUCGAUCCCCUUUAAAGGCAACAGUGAACACUACGUCAUAAUCAUUGUACGUCGAUUUACGAUGCUCAGGCUCGAUGCUGUUCGAACGCUUUAUGUCGUGCGUCAUUGUAACGUCUGUUCCGAUGACCAGAGGAUUCAAAUAAUGGCGGGAAGAAAAAAACGGUUCAAGAUCAAAGUGACGUUGCGCGAGGCGAUGAAUCUUUUUUCGAUUUUUUUCGUAGCGUUUAUUGUGUUGCAUGGUUUAUUUGUACUACUUGCGAAGAAUCGUACGUGCUCGCAAUUUGUAUUGAUCGGAAGGGACGUUAAUUUGACUGGGCGAAAAUGCGCGUGAGAUUUUUUGUAAAAUUUUGUAAGAGUUUCUAAGAAUUAAGCAGCCACUCUAAAUUACACAAUCAAACACUGACACGCACGUACCACAGAGACAGGGUACACUGGUUCGUGACUUAAUGUGUAUAUGGGCAAUGGAAAGAAAGGUCAGGAGGAUAAAUAGGAGACGAAAUGAAAAGAAAUAAUAGUAACGUAAUUCGUAAAGGCGUAGCGACAUUAAAAAUGCAAAAAUUAUGAGAAAUAGGUAAAGGAUGCUUACUUCGAUUAAUUUUAAGGGUAGCUACGAUCUAUUCUCUCUGUCGGUAACGAUGAAAAUACUCAUGUCAGCCUGCAGUAGUGACAUCUAGCUCGGACUAUCCAAAGUAAAACGCAUAUAUGAAGAAGAAAAGACGAGUCCUAUACUGAAAGUCCGCCUUUUCGUUUUCGCGAUCGUCACUAUAUUAGAACAGUAUCGACAAUGUGACAGAUCAAUUGAGAGAGUGGUAAAGGAGAAAUGAAAGUGGGUGAAAGUGAACAGAGAAAUUUGACGUUUGGGAUGCUACGUGCGAGUUAAGGGAGUUUGUUAGAAAAUUAAAUAACAAAUAGGACGAGCUUCGUAAGUGCUGCGAAAAUCUAGCGUCGCUUUGGUAUUGCGAAGAAAUUUAGAGAAUAUAAAAUAAGAUUGUGCAUGACUAUCGUCAGAGUGACGGGCGGGGGUAGGGGGAGGGAAAAUGUCGGAGAGAAUGAAAUGAAAAUAGACUCGCGAAAAAAAUAGUGGCAGGUAUUUAACAUUUGAACUGCCGUGUGAAAAAAAAAACGCUGAAAGUCCAAAUUGGGAACAUACGAAGUUUUUUGGGUAGACUUGAUUUUUUCUUUUUCUUUUUACGUAUAACGGUGAUCGUGACAAGCCGCGCGAUCCUCGCGCCAUCUAUGCGAGACGUGAAGAACUGAACGCGUGCGUUAAUACCUAAUUUUGAAAUUUUUGAUUUGUUCUUAAUUACUCCGUUUUUUUUCACUUUUUUCUGCAAACUUUAUCCUUGAAAUGAUCACUUUUUUCUGCAAUAUAUCACACCAACACCAAAAACGCAACUUCACGUUUUACAUUAAGCUAAUUAAUCAACAUAUCGGAUUACACUGCACACGUAAUACAAACCGAUUACAAUAAUGAAAAAAAAAAAAAAAGAAAAAACAGUAUAUGGUUGCCGAAUAAUUUGCAUCGAUCACAUUAUCAAUGAAUUACGUUGACGAUGUAACAUCGUCAGGAUUAUUAUUGUUAUUGGAUAAUUGUAACGACUAAUUAAUUACCGCGAGUGCGUCAUGUGUGAUUGCGUGAACGAGUACAGAGAAUUUAAAAAAAAAUGUGUGACUGUGUCAAGGGAGGGAGAAUACGACAGUGAGCGCGGAAGAGAGAGGAGUAAGUGGCGAUUUACACUUAUUCAAGUCGAAAAUGGAAUUGAGACGAUUAAUUAAUGAGAUGUUGUAAAUUGAUCUAUAGCAAAAUGAAAAGUGCUAUGACGGCGAGAGCGCACUCUUCGACUAUAAGGCCCACUUUUCAGUGUCACAUCCGUCACGUCUACGGUUUCUCGUGACGAAUCGUCGUCGUUGUUUUAUUUGACGGAAUAAUUUUUUACAAUUUUCUCUUUUUUUUUUGGAUUAUUCAAUCACUAAUUGUGCUUCGAUGUUCAUCUACCGGUAUCGAUAACGCGUAUACCAGGAUGCAUCCUCAGCUACUGGGUUAUCUAAGAUUUAUUUUUGGAUGUAUCGUUGAUAAUGUUUCACGACGCUCGAAGAGUGCGAUGCUCGCAGUUGUUUCGAUGUUGAUAUGUCAAUGCUGUGAUGUUAUCCUUUGAAAUUUAAAGAAAAAUAAUAAUAAUAAUUCAAGUAUCCCCCUUUCCCAGCGCACUCGAUCCAGUGGCUUUUAUCCUUUUACCUUGAAUCCCUCCUCUUCUCCCCUCUCCCAGCCUUUCCCACGUUCCCGCCUAGCAAGUCUUCACUAACCAAUCCGGUGAGACUUCUCUUUCACUCCUUGAGAAAUAAAUAUUUCUAUUACUGUACCCCCGCAUAGCCCUUAAUAGCUAGACUCUUAAUCAUAUUUAAUGUAAAGAUUAAUUGUUACAUCAGUGAUUUUUCUUGUAUACGUGGUUUUUUGGAAAUGGAUGCUCCGCGUGCCGCUAGAAUUUAUUAAAUGAUUAUAUAUGUGUCGUGCGCGAUACUGCGGGACGUAAUGCUCCCCCAUUAUACCUUUGAUCGGGACGACAGUUGAGCGCGGUUUCCCUCCGAAAAAUCACUAGAUCCAAAUUCCUACACUUGUCGCAUUUGUAAAUAAAAUUUUUAUUAUCACAAGUA